AUGCACCAUCCAUUUGGAAAAGAGGAAGCUGCUUCCCAGAAGCAGCUUUUAGGAUUUUUCUGUGAGUGCCUUCGGAGAGGAGACUGGGAACUGGCAAAGGCAUGCGUACCUCAGCUACACGAGGCACAAGGGGAUAUCCCAAAGAAGGUGGAAGAUAUACUUUGGGCGCUGGUCCUGUGUCCCAAUCAGCUGAGAUGUGGACAGGAUAUCAGUCCUCAAAGAUUAGCCUGGGUUUGGCUUCUUGUACUGGAAAAAUGGUUGGCCCUGGAAAAGAAGUUACUCCCACCUGGCUUCCGGAGAAAACUUGAGUUUCUUUUAUUGUCAGAAGACCUCCCAGGUGACAUCUCAGAGGACAUCCUCAAGGAGCUGUACGCAGUCUUAGCACACGACAGAGUGGACCCUGUGCUUGAUGGAAACCUGAGGCAGGAGAGCUGGCCCCCUCGGCUCAGCCCAGAAGCUGUCUCUGUGCUCUGGGAUCUCUUGAGGGAGGCCCCCCAGGUCGCACAGGCCCUGCUGGAGCUCCUGCUUGGGGAGGUUGAUGGUGCGGGCCUCCAAGGCUGGCCUCUGCAGAAAGCCCUGGUGGACCUCAUUCGAAAGGCACUGCGAACAUUGCGGGGCCCUACCGCCGCGCCCCCAGGCACAGUCGAUGCCAUCUACGGGGCCCUGCGGACGCUGCGCUGCCCUGCAGAGCCGCCUGGGGCUGAGCUGCGUCUCCUGUGUGAGGAGCUGCUGGAGGCCUGCAGGUUGGAGGGGAGCCCCCUGCGGGAGGAGCAGCUGCUGGGCUGCCUGCUGCACAAGGCCGGGCGGGACCUGGUGUCCCAGUACAGCCGCACCUACGCAGAGAAGGCCGCGCCCUCGGGAAAAGUCCCACCGGAUCCUCUCGAUCCUGAGCGGGCAAUGCUAGCCUUGUUCUCCAAUCCUGACCCAGCCCACGCCUGGAAAUUGGCCUAUUUCUAUUGCCUGAGCAACAGCAAGCACUUCCUCGAGCAGAUCCUGGUGACAGCACUCGCCCUACUGAAGGAGGAGGACUUCCCAAGUCUUGGCUGCCUGCUCAGUAGAGAAUUCAGGCCUCUCAGCAGACUGCUUGUACUCCUGGGCUGGACACACUGCCAGAGCCUAGCGUCAGCCAAGAGCUUGCUUCAGACACUCCAUGGGACCCAGGACCAAGGCUGUGAUAAGCUCCUGAGAGAUGCCUGCGAUGGGCUGUGGGCUCACCUGGAAGUCCUGGAGUGGUGUGUGCAGCAGAGCAGCAACCCCAUACCAAAGAGAGAUCUCUUGUGUCAUUUACAUGGUGGAGACAGCCACUCAGUGCUCUACUCUCUCCAUCACCUUACAAACCUUCCAGCCCUCAGGGAGGAAGAUGUUCUCAAGCUCCUACAGAAGGUGCCAGCCAAGGACCCCCAGCAAGAGCAUGAUUCAGCUGAUGCCCUGGUCCCCUCACACCUGAGCCAGAGUCAGAACCUGACUCUCUACCGGAGCUUCUGUGCCAUGAAGUACGCCAUCUAUGCCCUGUGCGUCAACUCACACCAGCACUCCCAAUGCCGGCAGUGCAAAGACGGUCCCUCCGAGGACUUGGCCUCAGUUGCAGAACCCGUGAACGAUCCUGUCUCCUCCCCAGGGGCUUCAGAUCUCUUCGCAACGUACCUGGCCAGGUGUCAACAGUAUCUGUGCAGUAUUCCUGACUCUCUGUGCCUGGAACUUCUAGAAAACAUCUUCUCAUUGCUCCUCAUCACCUCUGCCGAUCUUCACCCAGAGCCUCACCUGCCCGAGGACUACGCUGAGGACGAUGAUGUUGAGGGGAAGGGCCCAUUGGGCUUGAGGUCCCCGUCAGAGAGCCCCCAGCAUGUGGCACAGCCUGAGAGGAAGUCAGAACAGGGUGCCCUGGGCACUGCCAGGAGCCUGGCCUACACAGUUCCAAGCUGUCCGAAGCCAGAGCCGAAAGACAGUUCCCGGGAGCCUCACGGGCACAGCUUUUUGGACCUAAAGCACUUUACGAGCGGUGUCAGUGGGUUCCUGGCUGAUGAAUUUGCGAUAGGGGCCUUCCUCAGGCUGCUCCAGGAGCAGCUGGAUGAGCUGAGCAGCCACAGCCCUCCUGAGAAGUCAAAGCUGCUGGAAGACCAGAGCGGCUCGGGCGGCAGAGACGGACUGCAGGGUCGCCUGCACCAGUUCUCCAAGGUUCUCUCGGAGGCCCAGUGGAGGUACAAGGUGGUGACCAGCAUCCAGGGCUCAGAGGAACAACCCUCCCGAAGAUACCGACCCAUCACCACACGGCACCCUAGUCUCCGCCGGGGUCGUCGGACAAGAAGGAGCCGGGCAGACGACCGGGACAAAGGUUCCAAACCAUCCCUGGAAAAUACGAGUAGUGAACUGAGCACAAGUACUUCAGAAGGAAGUCUGAGCACUGCGUCUGGGAAGAAUGAGCUGGAGGGUCGAUUGCAACCCCAACCUCACAGUUCCCUCAUCCCCAUGAUGUUCUCCCCACCCGAGUCACUGCUGGCAUCCUGCAUCCUCCGGGGGAACUUUGCAGAAGCCCACCAGGUGGUGUUCACCUUCAACCUGAAGUCUUCGCACAGUUCCGGGGAGCUCAUGUUCAUGGAGCGCUACCAGGAGGUGAUCCAGGAGCUGGCCCGAGUAGAACAUAAAAUCGAAAACCAGAACUCAGAUGGGGGUAGCACCACCAUCCGAAGAACAGGCAGUGGCCGCUCCACCCUGCAGGCCAUCGGCAGCGCUGCAGCCGCAGGGAUGGUAUUUUAUUCCAUCUCUGAUGUGACCGACAAGCUGCUCAGCACCUCUGGAGACCCCAUCCCCACGCUCCAGGAGGACUUUUGGAUAAGCAGUAGCCCGGUAGAGCUCACUGCUCCCCUGAAAGAGGUUCUGGAAGACCUCAACCCGCCCGCCAUGGCUGCAUUUGACCUGGCUUGCUCACAGUGCCAGCUCUGGAAAACCGGCAAGCAGCUCUUGGAAACGGCUGAACGGCGCCUUAACGGCAGCCUUGAGAGUCAGGGUCGCCGGCUAGACCACGUAUUUGUCAAUGCUGAUGGCAUUCGAGGCUUUCCAGGUGUUCUUCAGCAGAUCAGUAAGAUUCUCAAUUACCCACUUGUGUCAGCCGGGCAAAUCAAAUCAGAGAGUGGAGAGGAUAAAGGAGGAGGUCCCCCACGGUGCAGCAUUGCUGAGCUGCUUCAGAUGUGUUGGCCCAGCCUCACGGAGGACUGUAUAGCCAGCCAUACCAGCCUCUCCCAGCAGCUGGAGCAGAUCCUGCAGUCGCUGAGAGAAGCACUGGAGCUGCCAGAGCCCAGGAGUACCCCACUCUCCUCCCUGGUGGAACAGGUGGCCCAGAAAGCUCCGGAGGCCGAGGCCCACCCUGUGUAUAUCCAGGCUCAGCUCCUCCAGAAGAACCUGGGCAAACAGACGGCAGCAGGCGGCAAACAGACUGACUACAUGGGCACCUUCUUCAAGUACUGCAGCACCCUGGCUGCCGUUUUCCUUCGGAGCCUGAGCUCUGAGCCUGAUCACGUGGAGGUCAAGGUAGGAAACCCCUUUGUUCUCCUGCAACAAAGCUCUUCCCAACUGGUGUCACACCUGCUGCUUGAGCGACAAGUACCCCCAGACAGGCUGGCAGCCCUCCUGGCCCGAGAGGGUCUGAGCCUGAGCGUGCCGCAGGUCAUUGUCAACUGCUGCUGCGAGCCCCUCACCCUCUGCUCCUCCAGGCAGAGCCAGCAGAUGUCAGCCUUUCUGACCCGUCUGGGCACUCUGGCCCAGCUGCACACCUCCCACUGCCUGGAUGACCUCCCACUUUCCACACUGAGCUCCCCAAAGUCAACUGAGAACCCUGUACUGGAGAGAAAGCCCCCUUCCUCCCCGAGGGAUUCAUCACCGCCAGCCCUCACCUCCUCCGCCUUGGCCUUUCUGAAGUCCCGCUCAAAGCUGCUGGCUACCGUGGCCUGUCUGGGGGCUUCCCGGGGGUCAAAGGUCACCAAGCCCAGCUUGUCAUGGAAGGAGCUUCGUGGCCGCAGGGAAGUGCCUCUGACGGCCGAGCAGGUAGCCCGGGAGUGUGAGCACCUCUUGGAACAGUUUCCUCUACUGGAAGCCUCCCUCCUGGCUGCCUGGGAACCCCUCCGAGGGUCCUCCGAGCAGGGGCAGAGUCUGGCCGCGAGUCUCUGUGGCCACGCCAGUCUCUCUACUGUCCUCCUGGGCCUCCAUUCUCCCACUGCCCUGGACGUGCUCACCGAGGCCUUCGAGGAAGCCCUGGUGGCUAGAGAUUGGCGCCGGGCCCUUCAGCUCACUAAUGUGUAUGGACAAGAUGUGGACGACUUGAGCAGCAUACAGGAUGCGGUCUUGAGCUGUGCGGCGGCUUGUGACAAAGAAGGUUGGCAGUACCUGUUUGCUGUGAAGGAUGCAUGUCUGAGAAGUCGGCUAACGCUGCAGUUUGUGGACCGGUGGCCUCUGGAGUGGUGCCUGGAGAUCCUGGCCUACUGCCUUUCAGACACAGCUGUCCAAGAUGGGCUGGAGUAUGAGCUACGGAGAAAGCUCGCGGAGCUGCAGGUGUAUCAGAAGAUUCUAGGUUUGCAGUCUACCCCCAUGUGGUGUGACUGGCAGGCCCUGAGAAACUGUUGUGCUGAGGACCCUUUGACUGUCAUGAACCUGAUUCUGGAAGCCAAGGAGUAUGAGUUGUGUGAGGAGUGGGGCUGCCUCUACCCUCUUCCAAGAGAACAUUUAAUCAACCUACAUCAGAAGCAUCUCCUCCACCUUCUAGAAAGAGGUGAUCAUGAAAAGGCUCUGCAGCUUCUACAAAGAAUUCCCGACCCCACCAUGUGCCUUGAGGUCACAGAGCAGUCCCUCGACCAGCACCCUAGCUUGGCCACUUCUCAUUUCUUGGCCAACUACCUCACCACCCACUUCUAUGGAGAACUGACCGCUGACCGACACCGUGAAAUCCAGGCACUGUACAUGGGAUCCAAGGUACUGCUGACCCUUCCCGAGCAGCACCGGGCCAGCUACUCCCACCUGUCCUCUAACCCCCUGCUCAUGCUGGAGCAGCUGCUCAUGAACAUGAAAGUGGAUUGGGCCACUAUGGCCGUGCAGACUCUGCGCCAGCUGCUGGCCGGCCAGGAGAUUGGCUUCACCGUGGACCAGGUGGACUCGCUGCUUUCCAGAUAUGCGGGAAAAGCCCUGGAUUUCCCAUACCCUCUGCGGGAGAAACGCUCAGACUCUGUGAUUCACCUCCAGGAGAUUGUCAGUCAGGCUUCAGACCUCGAGAGCUUGUCUAGGUCACCAUCAGCCGAGUUCUCUUCUGCUGCUGCUCCUGGUGUCCCCAUUGUACAUUCCCCAAGUCUGAGGGAGAGGAGCUUCCCCCAGAAUCAGCUGCCGCUGGAGUUUGUGCCCCCAGCUACACCCCCUGCCAGGCACCAGUGGGUCCCAGAUGAGAGUGAGAAUGUCUGUAUGGUCUGCUGCAGGGAGCGCUUCACCAUGUUCAACAGGCGUCAUCACUGUCGCCGCUGUGGCCGGCUGGUGUGCAGUUCCUGCUCCACCAAGAAAAUGGUAGUGGAAGGCUGCCGAGAGAACCCUACCCGCGUGUGUGACCAAUGCUAUAGCUACUUCAACAAAGAUAUACCAGAGGAGAAUACAGGACAACCAGAAGCCCCAGACAGCUCCAAGAGCGAAAGCCCUCCGUAUUCAGCUGUGGUGAGAGUUCCCAAAGCAGCAGAGGUGGAAUGGAUUUUGGAUCUGAAUGAGGAGGAAAAUGAGCUGGUGCGGAGUGAAUUUUAUUAUGAGCAGGCCCCCAGCGCCUCCCUGUGCAUUGCCAUCCUGAAUCUGCACGAGGACAGUGUGGCCUGCGGCCACCAGCUGAUCGAGCACUGCUGCAGGCUGUCCCAGGGGCUCACCAACCCCGAGGUGGAUGCGGGGCUGCUCACGGACAUCAUGAAGCAGCUGCUCUUCAGCGCCAAGAUGAUGUUCGUCAAGGCAGGCCAGAGCCAGGACCUGGCCCUUUGUGACAGCUACAUCAGCAAGGUCGAUGUGCUGAAUAUUUUAGUUGCUGCUGCUUAUCGCCACGUGCCAUCUCUGGAUCAGAUCUUGCAACCGGCUGCGGUAACCAGGCUCAGGAACCAGCUCUUGGAAGCUGAGUACUACCAACUGGGUGUUGAGGUCUCCACAAAGACUGGCCUUGAUACUACCGGGGCAUGGCAUGCUUGGGGCAUGGCCUGCCUCAAAGCUGGGAACCUCACUGCCGCACGGGAGAAGUUCAGCCGCUGCCUGAAGCCCCCCCUCGACCUCAAUCAGCUGAAUCAUGGCUCGAGGCUGGUACAGGAGGUGGUCGAGUACCUGGAGUCCACAGCGAGGCCACUCCUAUCUGUGCAAGAUGAUGAUUUCUUGGCCACCUUGAAAGAGCUGGAAGCAACCCUCCGGACCCAGAGCCUCUCUCUGGAGGUGAUUCCUGAAGGGAAGAUCCUGAACAACACCUACUACCAAGAAUGCCUCUUCUACCUGCAUAACUACAGCACCCACCUGGCCAUCAUCAGCUUCUAUGUGAGGCACAGCUGCCUGCGGGAAGCCCUGCUGCACCUGCUCCACAAGGAGAGUCCCCCAGAAGUCUUCAUAGAAGGCAUUUUCCAGCCAAGCUAUAAAAGUGGGAAGCUACACGAUUUAGAAAACCUUCUAGAAUCUAUUGACUCAUCCUUGGAAAGCUGGGGAAAGUACUUGAUUGCCGCCUGCCAGCAUUUACAGAAGAAGAACUACUACCACAUCCUGUAUGAGUUGCAGCAGUUUAUGAAGGACCACGUGCGGGCCGCCAUGACCUGUAUCCGGUUCUUCACUCACAAAGCAAAGACGUUCACGGAGCUGGGAGAGAAGCUCUCCUGGCUGCUGAAAGCCAAGGACCACCUGAAGAUCUACCUCCAAGAAACCUCCCGGCGUAGCGGAAGGAAGAAAACCACCUUUUUCCGAAAGAAGAUGACGGCGUCCGAUGUGUCAAGACACAUGAACACCCUUCAGCUGCAGAUGGAAGUGACCAGGUUCUUGCAUCGCUGCGAAAGUGCCGGGACCUCCCAAGUCACUGCCUUGCCUCUGCCAACCCUGUUUGGAAAUAACCACAUGAAAAUGGAUGUUGCCUGCAAGGUCAUGCUAGGAGGGAAAAAUGUAGAAGAUGGUUUUGGCAUUGCAUUCCGUGUUCUGCAGGACUUCCAGCUGGAUGCCGCUGCUACCUACUGCAGGGCCGCCCGGCAGCUGGUGGAGAGGGAGAGGUACAGUGAGAUCCGACAGCUGCUCAGGUGUGUCAGCGAGUCGGGCGUGGCAGCCCAAAGCGAUGGGGACACCGUGCUCCUCAACUGCGUGGAAGCGUUCAGGAGGAUUCCCCCCCAGGAGCUGGAGGGCCUGAUCCAGGCGAUACACAGUGAUGACAACAAGGUUCAGGCCUACCUGACGUGCUGCAAGCUGCGUUCCGCCUACCUGAUCGCCGUGAAGCAAGAACACUCUCGGGCCGCGGUCCUAGUCGAGCGGGUACAGCAGGCCGCCAAGAGCAGCGGGGACGCAGUGGUGCAAGACAUCUGCUCCCAGUGGCUUCUGACCAGCCGCAGCCGGGGUGCCCAUGGUUCGGCCUCCAGGAAGUGA